ACUAUGUUUUUCCAAAAAUAAGGUGAGACUUACGGGAAAUGCACUACAGAUAUUUCCCUAAGUGUCAGAGAGGGGAUUUAUUGGAAUGAAGUACCAUGAGAAGGUUAAAAAUUCACUGCAGUACAAGACAAACAAAAGAACUUAUGAAAGACUUGAGAAUAACCAAUCAAGCAGUACGUGAGAGCCAUGACCCGAGACGUGAAGAGCAGGAGGACACUAUAAAUCAAACUACAAAGCCAAAGAACAACUUUGUGUGCUUCCAGUGCUCAUUAGCAUUGUAAAAUCCCUGCCCACAGGCUGUGAUCACCCUUUACUCACAUAAGCCUCUUCCCCACAGAGCAGGAGCAGUAAAUGAAGUGUGCAGGGUCUCUUUAAAUGAGGCAGAGGCUGCAAAACCAAUGGCUGCACUAGCUGUGGUUAGCUGGAGGGAAAUGCUGAUUUCUGUUGCUUCAAAUGUGCAAAAACGGGAGAGUGUGUCAGCUUUGAUUCACUACCCAGCACCCAUCUCUGCCUGGAUGUGAAAUAAAAUCAUUAUGUCGACUCAGAGCGUGAAUCUGCCUCUUGCUCACGGGGUGGAAGAUCCCAGAUUAGGAGAGCAGGAAGAGGGAGCGGCCGGAGCCGUGAGGAGCCCCUGCUGUCACGGUGACACGGUGACACCGCCAGCGCACACCGCAGCACCUCUGCAGCCCCGGCAAGGUGCUGGGCAGGGCAGGGCAAGGAGAGCUCCCCAGGCAGCCUUUCCCUGGCGGCAGGGCCCCGCUGGGCCGGGCUGAGGCAGCCGGAGCCGGCCAGGCCGCGCGGAUCCUGCGCUCUUAUCAGGGAGCUGCAGCGCAGGAAGCGGCUCGGCCGCAGGCCCGGGGACAGCAGAGCCCUGCUCCCCUGCCCUUCCGCUCCCAGGAGCUCCCGAGCCCUCCCCAGUCCCUCAGCUCUCCUCGGGGUCUGCAGGGACCCCAGGAGCAGCACAAAGCUGGGUCAAACCCCGGGAAGGGGUGGCCACAGUCGCAGUGGGGCCAUGACGGUGCCUUGGCCUCUCCCGAGGCAAAGCACAGCCAGGGCAGCUGAGACCCUGGCAGGGCAAUCCUCCCCUCCGAUGGGAGCUUCCACCUCCCUGCAGGGACAUUUACUGUCAGGUACUAGCACUCUGCUAGACUGCAGGGCAGUGGGUAUUGCAAACAGCACUCAUCUCUUACAGACCUUGUGGAGAGCUUAUAAUGGGAGUGUGAAGGCUGGGGAGAGCAAUGAGAACACAGAUAUUUCUGUGACAGCUCAGAGAAGCAGAGGGACAAUGGUUAAAUGCAGUGAUGUGUCUUUCAUACGAUUCCAUUCAAAUGAGGAGGAGGAGAAACAAAUUGGCUGAAGAUAAGGGCAGUGCCAAACUGGGCCAUGAAUAUACACCUGCAAGACAAACAGGAGAACAGAUAUUCAAGAGUUUCACCAAAGGCUGAUGAGCCCUCAGGGAAAAUAAUGGGGAAAAAAUUUUCCAGCAGUAUCUGCUUCCAGAGGACAUAAAAGGCAAGUCCAAGCUGGGUUUGCUGCACUGGAGGAGCACAGAGGGACCCCGAGGGACCCCCCAGGGCACAGCCUGGAGAGCUGGGGCAGGGCUCCGGGAGUGCAGGCAGGAGCCUUCCCCAUAAUGCUGGCCAGGAAGAAAUCCUGCACCAGUGCCAUCAUCGGGGCGCUGGUGGCACUCUCCAUCAUCGCCCUGGUUCUCAGCCUGGUCAGGGUUGAAGAUGUGACGCUGCCACCCACGGUCAAGUAUGGGAUGGUGUUUGAUGCGGGCUCAUCCCACACCUCUCUGUUUGUCUACGAGUGGGAUUCAGACAAGGAGAACAACACUGGAGUGGUCAGCCAGACCUUGUCCUGUGAUGUCCAGGGGCAAGGCAUAUCAAGCUACGCCAGCAAUCCCCCUGAAGCUGGCAAUUCCCUCAGGGAGUGCUUGGAUAAAGCCCUGCAGGUUAUUCCUGCUGAGAAGCAGAGGGAUGUCCCAGCUUAUCUUGGAGCAACGGCUGGCAUGAGGCUACUGAGAGAACAGAACAGCUCAGCAACAGAGCAAAUCCUGGCUGAGGUUGUUAAAACCAUGCAGCAGUACCCUGUGGCUUUCAAAGGGGCUCGGAUCCUUACAGGAGAGGAAGAGGGGGCCUAUGGCUGGAUCACUAUCAACUACCUGCUGGACUCCUUCACCAAGUACUCUCCCAAAGCGCACACGUGGCUUCAUCCGGAGGCAGCCAACAUUUUUGGGGCACUGGAUCUUGGAGGAGCAUCCACCCAAAUCACCUUUAUGCCCGAAGGUUCGGUACUGAACCAGAAUGGAGCCUCUGAGUUCUCCCUGUACGGGUACAGCUACAACAUCUACACUCACAGCUACCUCUGCUACGGGCAGGACGAGAUGCUGAAGCGGCUGGCGAAGGAAUUAAUUGUGGAGUCGUCGCCCAGCACACGAGUCCACCACCCCUGCUACCCAGAGGGCUACAAGGAGUCCGUGUCGCUGUCCUCCUUCCGCGCCAGCCCCUGCACGGACGGCAGCGACCCGCGCCUGCCCCUGGGCGACAGCACGGUCACCCUGGAGGGCAGGGGCAGCGCCAGCGCCUGCCUGGCAGCGCUCAGGAAGCUCUUCAACUUCUCGGCGUGUGCCCAGAGCCAGGAGUGCCCCUUUGACGGCGUUUCCCAGCCCCCGCUCCGGGGGCAGUUCAUUGCUUUCUCUGCCUUCUACUAUAACUUCAAGUUCCUGAACCUGACGGAGGGGCAGCCACUGGCCGUGGUCAGAGCGGCCAUCGAGGGGCUCUGCACAAGGAGCUGGGAGGAUCUGUCUUCCAGCUACCCCAAAGAGAAUCCCAAGCGACUGCCAAAAUACUGUGCCAACGCCAACUACAUCCUCACACUCCUCCUCGAUGCCUACAAGUUCAACGAGACCAGCUGGAACAACAUCUUCUUCCAGAUGAAGGCGGGGGGUGCCGAUGUGGGCUGGACACUGGGGUACAUGCUGAACCUCACCAACAUGGUCCCGGCCGAGGCUCCAGCCACGCUGAAGGGCCACAGGUCUUCCCUGUGGGCUGCAGCCAUCACCUUCAUCAUCCUCAUCCUCGUCUUGGGGCUCGCUGCCCUGCUCCUGCAGCUGUGGGAGUAGGAGCCUGGCCGUGUUUGGGAGCCCAGCAGGGACAAACUGGGGCUGCAGGGCUGUGCUGGAGUCCCCAUGCUCCUGCCUGUGGAACUGAGCCCAGCGCUGGGCCUGUGCUGCUGAGCAUAGUCACCUCCAGCUCCAGAGAACUGGGGUCUGCUUUUCCAUGGGCCUGGCCCCCAACAUGCAGACAGGCACUCUCUGAGGUUUCCAGAGAGACGCAAUGGGAUCAGCCUGCAGAAGCCUCAGCCAAGCCUGUGUGCCUCCUGUCAGUGCUCUGCGUGUUACAGACGUGGCUCCAUCCCACCAGCUGGCCCUGGAGCUCUGGAGGGCCAGCCUGGCCAUGGGACAGUGCCCUGGUGCCAGCCUGGUGGGGCAUGGUGCAGGCACCUGGGGACAGGGUGCUCCAUGGAAUGCCAGCUCUGAGCAUGGUCACCAAAAGCCAGGUGGGUCCCUGCCAGGUCUGCCAGUCUGAGGGAUGCUCUGUGGGACCCCAGCUGGCCCUGUGGAGGGUCUGUGGCUGGGGCUUGGAGAAAGAGAUUGUCUUGGAGAAAGAACAUUGAGCAUCCACAGUCAGAAGUAUGGUCCAUGGCCUUCCAGAGAGUCCAUCUCAUCAUCUCAUCACUGUGUUAUGGCAUGUCCUGUCAUCUCAUCUCACAUCUCACCACCCAUCUCAUCCUCUUCCUUUGCACCCGGAAUAAAGGGAUUGAGGUUCCUCAGUGCCUCCCUGGAGACAGCAAUGUCCCACCAGCAGAAGGCCUGGACCCCAUGGGUGUCAGGAUGAGGCUCCAGCAGGCUGUGAGUCCUGCCCUGCACGUGGCUGAGCUGGGUCCUGCCCAUGGCCUCUGCCUUUGGUUCUGCUCGUUUUAGCUGCUCUGUGGA